AUGGUGGCCACGAACCCCGCCCCGGGGCCCAUCCAGGCCGAGACGCAGAUUCCCUCGGUGGAUCCUGCCCACGACCCGACAUUCAUCAUCGAGAAGAACCGCUACUCUGAGCAGAACGACGAGCUCAAGAGCGAGAUCAGCGGCGAUGAGGACGUCACCGACCUCUUCGUCCCCUUCCCCGAGGUCAAGGGCAUCGAGCCCGAGGGAAACCCCCUGACCUUCCGCGCCGUCCUUGUCGGAAUCAUCCUGGGUUCCCUCGUGAACGCCUCCAACGUCUACCUCGGUCUCAAGACUGGCUUCAGUUUCGCUGCGACCAUGUUUGGUGCCAUCUUUGGCUACGCCAUUGUCAAGCUUCUGGCCAAGUCUCUGCCCAAUGCGCCACUCAUCGGAGGCACCUUUGGCCCCCAGGAAAACUCCAUCAUCCAGGCGGCUGCCACUGGUGCCGGUGGUAUGUCGGGUCUCUUCGUAGCCGCCCUUCCCGCCAUGUACCAGCUCAACCUCAUGUCUGAGAACCCCCGCGAGGACUUUGGCCGUAUCCUGACCAUCACCGUCACCUGCGCCUUCUUCGGUCUCUUUGCCGCCGUUCCCCUGCGCAAGUUCUUCAUCAUCAACGUUGCCAGGGAGUUGAACCUCGUCUUCCCGACUCCUACGGCAACUGCUCUGACCAUCCGCUCCAUGCACGCCGUCGGUAGCGGUGCCGCCGAUGCCGCCAAAAAGAUCAAGACACUGGGCAUCUGCUUUGCCGGUGCCCUCGUUCACAUAGUCGUCUCUCAGUACGCCGACGGUAUCCUGCACAACUGGUACAUCUUCCUGUGGUUCUACGUCUGGAGUGGCUACAAGAACUGGGCCAUGAACAUCAACAACUGGGGUUGGUACAUCCAGCUUACUCCCGCCUUCUUCGGCUCCGGUAUGCUCGUCGGCAUCAACGCCGCCCUCUCGUGGUGGCUUGGAACCGUUGCCGCCUGGGGUGUCAUCGGACCUACUCUCGUCCACUAUGGCGAGGCUGUUGGCGUCAAGAGAUACCCAAAUAGCGAGAAGUGGUCCGACAUUGUCAACUUCGGCGUCAUGAAGGUCAGCGACGAUCCUGACUGGGUCCCGUCCCCCCGUUACUGGAUGCUGUGGCCCGGUGUCAUGGUUCUCGUCGUCUACUCCAUGGUGGAGUUUGUCCUACACAUCGGCGUCCUCGUCGACGGCGCAAAGUUCGCCUUCCGCUCUGGCGCCCGCAGCAUCAACAACCGCAUGCAGUCGCGCGGCAAGCACAACGCUUUCAUCGCUAAGCACGCCGGCCUCGCCGACGCCCAGGACAGCCUCGUCGAGGACUUUGCGCCCCCGAGCCAACAGGUUCCCAUCUGGGUCUGGGCCACUGGCACCCUCAUUUUCACCGCCGUCGCCUGCGUCGUCUGCCACGUCCAGUUCCACAUGAACGCCGGCCUCGCCAUCCUCGCCUGCCUGCUGGGUCUCCUCUUCGCCUUCCUCAGCAUCCACGGCGGUGCCGUCACCGACUGCACUCCCCUCACCGCCUCCGCCAAGGCCUCCCAGCUCGUCUUCGGCGGUGUCACCUCCGGCCAGGGCCUCGAUAUCAAGGCCGCUCAGCGCAUUAACCUUGUUGCCGGUGGUAUUGCCUCCGGUACCGCUGAUGUCGCCACCGCCCUGGUCUCGGACUUCCGCGUUGGCUUCCUCCUCAAGACCCCUCCCCACUUGCAGUUCUAUGCCCAGGCCAUCGGUGCCGCUGUCAGCGUCUUUCUCGCCCCUGGCGUCUUCGUCCUAUUCAUGGCCGCCUACCCUUGCAUCUGGAAGGAGAUUGGCCCCGAGGAGACCUGUGCCUUCGGUGCCCCCUCCGUCCUGGCCUGGAGGGCCGUGGCUGAGGCCGUUACCAUGCCCAAGCUGCCCAUCCCCAGGUCCUGCGCCAUCUUCACCAUCGUCAUGGGCGUCAUCUGCGCCCUCCAGGCUGUUGUCAAGAACUUCUACCUCGUUGGCCCCCGCAUGAAGUACCGCGACUACCUCCCCAACUGGAUGUCCAUCGGUGUCGCCUGGGUCCUCGGGCCCGACAGCGGCUACGCCAACGCCAUCAUGGCCGGCGCUGUCGUCGCCUGGGCGUGGAAGAAGUACGCCCCCAAGAGCUUCGAGACCCACUGCUUCGCUGCCGCCGCCGGCCUCAUCGCCGGUGAGGGUUUUGGAGGUGUCAUCAACGCCGCUAUCGAGCUCGGCGGUGUCAGUGGCGGUGCCAUCGGCUCCUCGAUUGCCCUCCCUGGGGCCGACUGGUAA